AGGAAAUGCCUACUAAAACACAGAAAUAAAAUUUAUGGUGGUCGUUGCCAGUUGUCACACCUCUUUCUUGUUCCUUCAUUGUCUCUCUGCUUUUCUUCUCCCAUCCUUCUUCCAGUGAUUUGCCCAAGAGAAUACUUGAGAAUCGCUGAAAGCAAAGAUGGGAGCGGCUGAGUCAUCUUCAAAGCUUGCUCGGGGCAUCCAUGAAUUCACUGUGAAGGAUGCAAGGGGGAAUGAUGUGGAACUCAGCAGAUACAAGGGGAAAGUUGUUCUUAUUGUGAACGUUGCAUCUCGAUGUGGUCUGACAAAUUCCAACUACAAUGAACUUGGUCAGCUACAUGAGAAAUACAAGGACGAAGGAUUGGAGAUAUUGGCGUUCCCAUGCAAUCAAUUUGCCGGACAGGAGCCAGGUAGCAAUGAACAGGUUGUGGAGUUUGCUUGCACUCGCUUCAAAGUGGAGUAUCCUAUCCUUGGCAUGGUUGACGUGAAUGGCAGCAAUGCUGCUCCACUGUACAAGUUCAUGAAGUCAGAGAGGGGUGGUCUCUUUGGAGAACGCAUCAAAUGGAACUUCACCAAAUUCCUGGUUGACAAAGAGGGGCAUGUGGUGAACCGAUAUGCACCAACCAGCUCCCCGUUGAACAUUGAGAAUGACAUCAAGAACCUGCUAGGGGCUUAGUAUAUCCCAACAGUUCAUCUAUCCAGUUAUCCUAUCAUCUAGUUUUUAGAUGUCAUCUAUAUUAGGAGAGAGAAUCUUCAUAUUUGGAUGAUCUCUCUUCAUUCUCCAAAGAGAUA